GCAGCAACCGUGUUCUUUGGUAUGUUUCGCAGGUUUAUUAACUUGCCACUAAAACGACUGUGGGUCGGACAUCAACCCAGUCCAUACAUCCAACCCUGGCCACUGGUAAAGAGCAAUGGAUCUGCAUUUAGUCACCACCAGACUACCUUCUUCCAGGAUGAUCCUCCGAUGUCCUACGACAUUCUCACCAACGAUCUCAGCCAAACGGGCUCUUCGCCAUCGAUAAGACGGGUUCCACAGAAGGUCUGCAUUGUGGGCGAAGUUCACAGCCUCAAAGUCUGUGGAUGCAAACAUCCUGGCAGCUGCAUUUUUAUCAGUCAGAUGGGACGCCUCUACCACAAAGAAUCGGGCAGGGGCAAAAGGGAAUCCCGUCCAGACGUCUGCCAACGAGCUCGGCGUUUUAGGGAAAGAUCGAACGGAAAAAUCAACAAACGUCUAAGGGAUCUAAUGAACGAUGGUGUUGACGGAUUAGACAAGGGAAUUGAGAAGAACGAAAGGAUUAGCCAGAUGAAAAGGUCUUCCAAAAAGAAAUACUCGCCGAGUUCCUCUUACAGAUCAUAUCCAGAUGAUAAGGAGGCGUACCUCGAGUUUCAGAAACCCAAGCGUACAUUCAGGAAUUUUGUUACCAUGCUCAUGUCAAAGGGUAGAAAAGUAAGGCAACAAUUGCAGGAGGGAAAGGAUGCCGAUCUUCUGAGAUAUCACUCGGAUAACAAGGCUCUAAUGAAGCAUUAUAAAAAUAAAAUUAAAUACAAAAGGCAAAUAACGCAAAGACAGCUAAAGGCAAAGCCACAAGUUCCAAAGGCAAAAUAUAAUGACGAUUCGAUAGAUUGGACCUUUUUCGAAAACUCAUUAAAUCCACAGAAGCAAGAUGCAUUUUUUCCGUUUAAAACUAAGCCCAAAAGUACUGGAAGAGCAAAAGACAAAGAAAUAUCUUCACAUAACAAACCAAUACUUCCCCACUCACUGGAAGUAAUAAAGGAACGUGAGGAGAAGCUCAUAAGUAAAGCCAAGAAGGAAACUGAGGGUCGUCUUCCAUGUCUUAGAGAAUCUUCUUUUAAGCUCGGAAACCUACAAAAUGUGACUUCAUCUUCUGCAGAACAGAAAGUGGAUUCUAAGAGGGUCAACGAAAAUAUCAUGGAAUCAAGUUCCAACAAUUCCAGUGGUCAGAAAACCGAGUCAGGACUCAAAAUAAUUCCACCUGAUAAUCAAAAACCAACGGGCUUCUAUGACACUUUAAAAAGCAGAAUUCCGUGUGAUAAUAAUUCAGAAAAGAAAGAUUGUAAAACUGGAUUAAAGCCACCCAAUACUGCUGAAUGUAUCUCGAAAAUGACCUGUCCACGUUCAAAUGCUGCAAAAGUGGAUAACCAACCACGAUCUUGCCAAUCUGAUAACAGCUUGCAUAAAGCAUUUAAAAACCAGACUAGCAACAAUCUGUGGUGUUCUCCUGAAAAGGAUAUCGACAAAGGAGACAUAAAGUCUAAGAAAGAAGGCGAUUUCUCAAAGUUUUUUUCAAUGCUAGAUGAUAAAGACAAGCUGAAAUUUCGAGUAGCAGAGCUAAUGGCUAGGUGUAUGUUCCUGGUGGAGAAAAGAAUGCAACAGGAUUUGGACGGAAGUAAAGUCUGCAAUGUUGAGGAAAAGGACAAUAAUGUAAAUCAAUUAGUUGAAAAUUUCUGGAGGCAUUACAUACAGUGUUGUGAGUGCCAGAAAAUGGAUGUCUGCGCUCGUUCGAAAUCAUCAAUGUUGGGAAAUACGGAAAAAGGCAUAAUAAAUAAGGUAGAUAUUAUUAUUAAGCAGUGCACAAACAUAAAAGAGGUGAUCGAAGCACGGUCUCUGAAGAACCAAUGCAUUAAACACGGUCUUAGCCAAAGUAUUGUAGAAGAAUUCUGCAAAGCUAAGGCUAAGCUAGAAAAUAUGAGUGCAAAUGAAAAGCUUAAGACAGAAUCUAAUGAAUUUGGUCUGAAUCAAAACUGCGCCAUUGAGUCUUUAAAUGAUAAAUGUCAAGAAAGAAAUAAUUUCGUUGAAGACGUGCUAACAAAGAUGUCGUCAGAGUGCAAAACAUCUGAUAAGUACGAGCAAGACCUUUUGUCAAAAAUGAAACUCGUUAUAAAAGAAUUGCAAAAAAUGUUAGCAGAAGACAAGCUAAACAUAAGCAAAAAGCAUAAUCAAAAUAAUUUAUUUUCUGAAAAUAAACUAAAUGAUUUAAAUAAAUGUGCAGAAGAAGACUUAAAGAGUAAAUGUGCUGAAGAAGAACUGAAGGAAAAGUGUGCAAAGGAAGAAUUAAAGGAGAAAUGUGCUGAAGAGGAGUUAAGAGAGAUGUGUGCAAUAGAGGAACUAAAAGAAAAAUGCGCAGAAAAAAAAUUGAAGGAAAAAUGUGCAAAGGAAAAUUUAAAAGAAAAAUGUGCAAAAGAAGAAUUAAAGAAAGCAUGCGCAGAAGAAGAGUUAAAAAGGAAAUGUGCAGAAUACGAACUUAAGGAAAAGUGUGUAGAGCAAGAAUUAAAGGAAAAAUGUGCAUUAAAAGAGUUUAGGGAACUUUGUGCAGAAGAAGAACUGAAGCAGAAAUGCGCAGAAAAAGAUUUAAAGGACAAAUGUUCGGAUGAAAAUCUCAAAGAGAGAUGCUCAUUAAAGGAUCAGCAAAGACAAUGCGAAGAAUUCUCCCUGAGAAAGAGAUGUGCUGAAUUCACCCUAAAGAAGAAGUGUGAAAAUAAUAAUGGAGGCAAUUUCUUGAAUUUACUAGGAGAGCCAAAGAAAUAUUCGGAUGAGUAUAAGAAUUCAAAAAAGAUAAGUACUGAUGAAAAGCCCAACAAGAACUCUACCGAAAAGGAUCAGCACCGCAGUACCUUAGGAAAACUUAAAGAGAAGGUUGGACUUACGGGAAAGAAUAAUGGAAAUGUGAACAAGUUUUUAUCAACAAAAGCUAAUAAAUGGCAUCAGUCGUUUGGCAGACGAAAAUUAUCCGUAAAGGAGGACAUUCAAAACUGGGGACUUAUAAAGAAGAUUUUGGAUAAGGAAGACAAGGCGGUGCGAAACAAGGGACUUCAACAUGUAAAACCCUCUGAGCUCGAGGGGUUAGGUAUCUUCUUAAGAUCUGCCCUAUCAAGACCCAUGAGAAGACCACAACGAGGAUUGGAAGACGAAAACUGUACGGAUGACAGAAAGAGGUUUUUCAAUCCACGUCAGUGGUCUUUAUUUCCCGGGCUUGCCCCUCUGUAUUACCAAACUUUGCGACGGAGUCCUCUGCUGGAGAACAACUUCCUCGUUCGCCAAUUGCUUCCCAACCUGAAACCACUGGCCAUCAACGAUUACCUGGGUGUUUUCUGGCUCCAUCCCUUGAAUUCUUGUAACCCUUUCGGCAAACGGUGCUACAAAAGGGACGAUUUCAGCAUGGGUUCGUCCUUUUUGUAUCCCUUUACUGAAAUGGGUAGGAGGAAUUUUAAAGAUGGAGUAGUAAAAAAUAAUUAGAAGAAGAUGCGGGGAGAUCCUGAUGAGCGGCUACAGUGCUACUUACAAAUAAAAAUUUUAAACCAAAUUUAAAUAAAAAGCAAUAUACAACUUAAUAGAAAAGAAAAGACCAGCAAAACUACUU